AUGGGUCAAUCCUCAAGCACGUUCGUCGAGCACGCCUCUGCGAGCGUCGACAUCCCCUCUCACGGCACGCUUGUCGGUCGAGUCGCAAAAGACAACGUCACAGGCGAACUCAAAUCCCAACGCUUUGCGGGUAUUCCUUACGCACAACCACCCGUCGGACCCCUACGAUGGCGUCGACCCCAACCGCUCCCCCCUUCUCACCGCUACGAUGACAAGCAAUACGAUCGAUUCGCAUGUGCAUGCCCGCAACCCACCAACUACGCGCUUACUAAUGGCAUCACCCUCCCCUCCUCCCCUGUUCCGCAAAGUGAGGACUGCCUGUACCUCAACAUCUGGUGUCCCGUCACGGCGACUGGGGAGCGAAUGACCGGAAAGCUGCCCGUGUUGUUCUUCAUCCAUGGCGGGUGGUUGCAGAUUGGCAACGCGCAUCUCUCGCCCGAUGGUGAUCCAUCGGACCUGCUCCACGUCGCCGGGUUGCAAGCGAUCGUCGUGACCACUGCCUAUCGGCUCAACGCAUUCGGAUUUCUCGCCCACGACGCACUCCGCUACGAAGACCCCGACGGUCUGACCGGCAACUACGGCUUCUUGGACCAGCGCGCCGCGCUCGAAUGGGUCCACGCCAACAUCGCUCACUUCGGCGGCGAUCCCGAAAACAUCACCGUCAGCGGCCUUUCCGCAGGAGCACACAGCACCCACUCGCAGCUCAUGCACGAACUCGACCUCUCCACCCGCCAUCCAGGGUACAAACCCAUCAUCAGACGCGUUUUCUUGCAGAGCAAUGCCGCAGUGUGGCCAUCCAAAAGCGUCGAAGAGACGCAAGGACAGCUGGACGAGCUGUGCACCCAACUCGACGUGCCAUUGUCCCUCACCGACGCGGACAAGAUCGAUAGGCUGCGCAAGGUGGAUGCGCUGGAGCUGGCGAAGGUGCUGGCGAGGAUGGAGAUGCACACGUUCCGAGCGACACGGGAUAUGCAAGAGGGCGCGUUCGUUAGACCGGACUGGACGAAGGCCAUGAUGGACGGUCGACUGGCGAAGUACUGCCAGGAGCACGGUGUGAGCUUUGUGAUCGGCGAAUGCGACGAUGAAGCUUGGGUGUAUCGGUACAUCAACACGCCCACCGAUCACAAGGGGCUGGUGAGGCAGCUGAACAACUAUUAUACCCUGCCGCUGGUGGAGAAGAUGCUCCCGCACUAUGGUGUACCGGCAACAUCGCGGAGGGUAGAGGGGAGGGUGGACGCUGCAAAAGAUGACUCGCUGUACGCAGUGCUUGGGGUCAAGCCGUCAUCGACCACCGCAGAGAUCCGUGCGGCCUACCUAGCCCAGGUCCGCCUCCACCACCCAGACAAGUUGCAGCAGCUCGGCGACCCAACCGCCAUCGCGGACUCCCCUGCCUCAUCCGACCGCAUCAGGCAGCUCAAUCACGCGUACAAGGUCCUCACCGACCACCAGGCGCGGUCGAACUACGACGAUUUGCUUGCCGCCCAACGAGCUGCCUCGAACUCGAUUCAGCCGCGCAUAUCGGCGGUCAUAGACUUCGAAUCCUUCACACCGACGGAGAGCUCUCCAUUGACGUUCAGCUACGUCUGUCGAUGCGGCUCGUCGUACACCCUGUCCGAAGAUCAGGUGCAGGACCGUGUCGACGUGGUACCCUGCGAUGGAUGUUCCGAGAACAUCCGUGUUCGAUACGAUGACGGCGAGACCUCACGUUCGAAUGGAGAAGGCAUGACACCCGAGGAAGUGGGCGACGUGUUCGGGCGGAUAUGCGCCGACUCGCAGGUGUACAUUGCCGAACGGAUGCUCAUUACCGAUCUACUCAAUGGCGGACUGCCGUCGGACCGCAUCUUGAGGUACAGGAUCAACUACCGCGCGCGAGCGAUAGAUGCAGCGCUGAAGGGAUAUGGAGGCGUGAGCCACAGCUUUGACGACUUUGUCUGGUGGUUCUCGUGCUUACAAAGCGGGGAGGAGCAGGAGCGGGUGAAGGCAUGGCUGGGGCCAUGGAUGGCGUGGAUAAGGGGCGAAGAGGUCGGCAAGGAGUGGUAUGAGGGGAAGAAGGCGGAUGGGAGGUUGCUCAGGGUCUUGGGCAAGGAUGGUCAGAUCAGUGUCGAGAGGGACGAAAGAUGGGAGGAGAAGGAGGAGUUGAUCGAGGCGAUGGUGAGGGUGCGGAGGGAGAUGGUCGACGAGUAUUUGUAG